AUGAUGGCGGCCGGGGAAACAGGCUUCAACCCCUUGGAAUGGCGCCAAUUCUAUUAUCCCGAAAUGAGCCGCAAUAAAGCUACAGCUAUUCUAAAGGACUUGCCCAUUGGCACAUUCCUACUUCGCGAUUCCUCUCGAGAAGGUGAAUAUUCUCUAUCUGUAAAGGAAUCCGAAGAACAGCCUCCCGUAAAACAUUAUUUAAUCGAACGGAAGGGCGAAGACGGAAGUGACUCAGUCACGCUCGCCACACAAUCGUUCGUCGAUUUGGCCCAACUUCUUAGCUACUACACCCGACGGACCCUCGAUCAAUCAGCCCUCAAAAUCCCAUAUAUGGCAAAAGGUACCGAGAUCGUGAAGGUCGUCUACAGAUAUCAAGCACAAGAUUUGACGGCCGAACCUGGAGACCAUUUGGAAGUGCUUGAAAAGAUGGGCGAUGGCACGCUAAAAGUACGCAACUCAACCCAAAAAACUGGCCUCAUCCCGCCGGACUACGUCAUGCGGAUAUCUGGCUCGAGCACCGGCAGCAAAAGCACCGAAGACUCGCAAUUCCAUGGCAGCAGCAAUUCCGUUGAGGUCGAGGGAGAACCGGAAGUGGUUGAGGAUCUGCGAUUGCCCGCCACCGGCAAAGUUAUUUUCGAUCGAGUGCCAAGCGUCUACGAUUCGGCUGCGAUUCGCCUAAAAAAGGGUCAGAGCGUGGAAGCACAUCGAAAGAUUGGCCAGGGCUUUUAUGAAGGGACUGUUGAUGGCAGGCCUGGGACCAUUCCACAAAUUUAUGUCAAAUGGAAU